CCGAUCCGGGAUCGAUGGCAUUUUUGCGGGAUCGCCUCGGAAGCAAUCCCAGACUCGAAARCCUACUYGGUGUUUCACCGUGGUGUCUGCAGUCCAAAGAGCACACUCUCGCUUGGUCGCCGAGGAAGCCGAAAUUUUGAAUCUUGACAUAACGAACCACCAUGCGGUUACCAGGUAAGUUGCCGUUGUGAAACCUUCURUUACGCGCUGUCACGGUUUCGAAAAUGACUGUAUCGUAUCGGGUACGAACUGAGUAAAGGAUGAAGGAUUUUAUUUUAAGUGUUCGUCGGUUACGAGUACCUGUACCGUACGAUUGAUCGCGCGUUCGAAGAUACAGAACGUAACUAUCUCUUGCAAACGGGACUUAUCAGGUAGUCGAUAAUCCGAAGAAGUAUGUUACCGGUACUAGUACUCUGGUAAUUGACUUCAURAAAGUAUCUUCGGUAGUAUUACAGUAUUUCGCAAUGUACAAGUAUUGCGUACCGUACCAGGUACCGUAAGGAGAAAUAAUCAACGUUGUUUGUGUGUCUGCCUGCCUGCUCGUGUUCUGGUCUUAUUCUACCCGAAAAAUGCCAAUAUUUUUUAUCAAUAGAAUUCUAUUCCUUUCUGUUCACACUUGAUUUUGGCGUUAAAAACCUUUUUGUUGGGGGUGCGAUUCCGUUGUGCCCCCUAUUGAAUAUUGCCUACGUUKUUGGAUCGGUUGUGCGUCCCAAAUUUCAGACUGACUGGCGUGCAGAGCAACUUGAAGAUCCAUAAAUACGUCGUUUGGUGCUCUAUCUAGGCCUUCUGCCCUGUGUGAUUGAGUGAAUAAUCGAAUCAUCGAAAAAACAAAUCAAAAUAAUUUCGUUUGGUGUCGUMUUUUUUCCACUUCGCCAUGCGUGACGGUAGAAAAUAAAGUCUUGUCUUUAGAUUUCGGAGGUUGUGUAUUCUGAUUCAUUCCUUCUCAAAAACGAUCCGAAUCAAUGGCACACUGUUCAUUCUUCUGUUUCUGCCGCUGAUACAGAUACUGAUACAAAUARAACGGGACARCUGGAGAAAGAGUUCGAUUCAUUUGUUUCAACGACACCUGAACUACUGAUGACAACAUGCURCUACUCCGAAGACGCAAAGAACAAAAUGAGCAUUGCAGCCAGCCGUCUUGUCCGCGUUCGGUGGUGACCUUUUACCACGACAUGAGCGGUGAAAGCAGUUCCGUGGAAUUCUACUCCAAUGGAGAUUCCCAUAACCGCUUGCGCCAGGAAAUCGAUCUCCAGGAUUUCGAGGCAUUGGUAGAGACCUACAAGUCUUUGGUGACCAAUCACCGCAAGAAUCUCCAGCGAAGGAAAYGCCGGCUACGUCGUCUUCGCAGUGGACCCGAGUCUGCCCCCGUCCACCGCUCGGAUGAUUCGAAACGCGAACCCGACGAUUCUUCUCSAAUGGUCGUCACYGAGGUCCACAAGAAGGCAAUCGUGACACUUGUCCGGGUCGAUGCCACCUCGAAGCGCGUCAUUGGAAUCCGGCCUGAGUUUUUUCCGAGAAGCACAAGGGUGGUCCCGUCUUGCCUGGGCCGGCUGGACUCUCUCAAGUGCCUCCGGCUGGACMGAUGCACCCAUCUGGCAAGGGUUCCAUCGGCCCUCGGACURGGCCUUUCGSGGCUGACGGAACUGCGCCUGGAUGUCUCGGCCAUGAAUCAGCCCCUCCCGACCAGUUUCGGGGAGCUCGGGAACCUGACGACCCUGGUUCUCUUUGGWAGCUGCGCAAGGUUGGACGCUGGCAAUGUUGGCGAAAACAAUUCUUCGAUGGUCCUGUUCCCCUCGUCCAUGGCAAAAUUGAAACUGAAGCACCUCGAAACCCACAUUCAGAACCUCUUGCACAUUUCGCCCGAGGUGCUCGACGGAUGGAGUGCUUCGAUGGAAAGAYUAGUGGUCACGCAAGAUCUYGUGAUGCCGUCGGUGACAGCCACCUCCAGUGAUGAGCGUUCCAUGGCAGACGGAUCGGCKUCUUCUGUCUCGGAGGACUACCUCUUUUUGGAUUCGGAAGAUGACAACGAGRAUGAGGACGAGGGYAACUCCUUUUCUAUUCUACAGCAUAGCAAUAUUUUCCGAGAAGCYCUAAAGCUCCAAUUGGAGGAAAGAACCUUUCGAUCGAUUGCCCGCUUCCGGAACCUCAGGGCCCUCAAGCUCUUAUUUGAUGAUUCCGAGUACCGUGAGGAAGGCUUCGUCUCGUCCAAACCCCCAGGGGYCUAUCACYGCACUGGACGCUCUUGCAAACUCGCUACCGAUACAGAUACCCAAUGUGUGGCCCCUCCAUCCAGAACGCCAUAUACGGUUCCUCUUUCUUGGCUGGCUGGGCCUCUUUCUUCCUCACUAAAAGAGUUGGAUAUCGGAAGCUGUAUAGCAUCGACUACUUCAAGUGCCUCUCCCCAAAAAUCUKUGAUUCCGAUUGAGAUUUCAUGGAUCGAUAUCCUCCGAGAGUUUCCGCUUCUGGAACGGUUGCGGCURCAGGAUUGCCGUUGYUCUUUUGCCAAAACCAGUGAUGCAGAUGCAAAUACGAAGAAUACGAUCGAGGAGACUGAUGCCCCGCUCCUGUUGAAUCACCUGAAGCAGCUUGUGCUCGACCGGUGUCCCGAGUUUGCUCUUGCAGACGAGGGGGAUGGAGUGACGGAAAUGACCUCAUCAUCGUCAUCCUUUCAAGAAGCAAAUAGCGAAUACUAUCUCACAGACCACAACGGAUCGCUGGAAGAARUCGUCUUUUCUCCCAGCGGAAGUAGCGACGAGGAAAGCGCCACCGAACCCGAAAACGAAAGGAACCAAGACAUUGCCAUCUCCUUUGACCCGGUCGAUGUGAACGACAUCGAAGCUCUGGUGAACGAAAAUCCGAAGGAAAUCUUUUGCAUCACCCGCCCGACCRGUCUCCAGGCGAACACGGUAUUUUCGCCAACCGAGAGAGAGGAUUCGCUAGCGAUCUUGUGCCGUAAGAUGCUACCUAGGUGUCCGAGUCUUGAGCUUCUUUGCCUCCGGGAUUGUGGAAUCACGGGAUUUUGCAGUGAUUUAUUGUCGUGCCUUCCGAMGGAGUCACUCCGGGAGCUGACCCUGGAUGYGCACGACAAUCACGAGAAAAAAGACAAAGAAACAAUCCGAACCAAUCUGUGGGCACUCAUCGAUGYCUAUCCCUCCUUGAUGUACCUGAACGGAAGCUAYACCAAACUCCUCGAAACGGAGGCCGAGCAAGAGCAACUUCAGCGCCGRUUGGUUCAGAGGCAGCAUCGUUACMGGGCUUCUCGGCAUCUUCCAGGACCGUUGAAGCGAUUCUUUUCCGAAAGGAUCAACGACAUGCAAAAGCACGGAGUUAGUCACAACAUUGUUUCGAUGGACGACUCUGCGGAGGCACCAGGUACGGCGGAGGAGAAGGAGCGUGCCACCGCUGCAUCGACAACRAGUGCAUCUCUAGAGGGGGAUCAUCAAAAUCCCGUCCUCCGGCUGCCCUUGGUGGCACUCAAUCGCAUCAGAAAGAACACURGGRUGUUGCAAAAAAGCAUYCGGCGGUCCAAUUCGCGAGAAUUUUUGUGAGACUAGGUAAGGUCAGAUAGGAUGAGGAAAAUCUUUUAUUUASAAGCGAAGCAUUGUUUCAUGCGGCCGUUCAUUUCUCGCCUGCGUAAGUAUUGAGUAAUAAAGCCAUGCGGURUUG